CAGACAGUAUGGCUUCGGCUGCCGGUUCGUUCGCGUUGGUGGUGUUUGUCCGCGGUGUCACGGUGCGUUCUCGGCCGCGGGUGUGCGUGCUACGUUUCUCUGGGAACCGAAACGCAGCCGGGAUCGUGCGUGGACGUGCGUAACGCGUGCCGAACGAGGCUCGUUUCAUAGAGUCUAUCGACGCGCGAACACCCGACCAAGAGGCCGUAGGGGGCGAGAACGAGACGGUAGCAGAGAUGCGGCGAAAUGUGAAAAUUGUGUUGCUGCUGUCAUGCGCGUGGAUGUUCGCCUUUGUUUACUACUACCACACGUCAAGGGACACCAAGAACGAAAACAGAGCGCUGCGGUUAAAGGAGCCUGCAUCGUUGGGUCUGUCUGCCGGAAAUUCAGGCAAUUACGUGGAUUCUGAUGGCACCGCCAUUGUGAUGUCGUCUGAAUUACUGCCAGCACCCACCCCGGACCCGAGGGUGACUUGGAACUACUUCGACGAGCAAGGAUACGUCUCAAGAGGAGGACUGCGGGCAGGGGAGGAUCCCUACGCAAGGAACAAAUUCAACCAGGAAGCAUCAGAUGGACUUCCGAGCAACCGCGACAUUCCCGACACGCGUAGCGCCAUGUGUCGAAUGAAACAAUGGAGAAGGGAUCUGCCGCCAACAUCGGUGAUAAUCACUUUUCAUAAUGAGGCUCGAUCUACGCUGCUCAGAACCGUCGUAAGCGUGCUGAACAGAAGUCCCGAGCAUCUGAUCAAGGAAAUUAUUCUCGUGGACGACUUCAGCGACCAUCCGGAGGACGGUGAAGAGCUAUCGAGGAUACACAAAGUACGAGUGAUACGCAACGAGAAAAGAGAGGGCUUGAUGAGGUCGAGGGUGCGAGGCGCGGACGCAGCCACCGCCACCGUGUUAACGUUCCUCGAUUCCCAUUGCGAAUGCAACGCCGACUGGCUCGAGCCGCUGCUGGAGAGGGUGGCCGAGGAUCCCACGAGGGUCGUGUGUCCCGUCAUUGACGUCAUAAGCAUGGACACUUUCCAAUAUAUCGGCGCUUCAGCUGAUCUGAGGGGUGGAUUCGACUGGAGCCUCGUGUUCAAGUGGGAGUACCUGAGCCAGGCGGAGAGGCAAGCUAGGCAGAAGGACCCAACGCAAGCAAUUAGAACGCCGAUGAUCGCCGGCGGCCUCUUCGUGAUUAACAAGGCGUACUUCGAGAAACUGGGCAAGUACGACACGCAAAUGGACGUGUGGGGCGGCGAGAAUCUCGAGAUAUCGUUCCGGGUGUGGCAGUGUGGCGGCAGCUUGGAGAUCAUCCCGUGCUCGCGGGUCGGCCACGUGUUCCGGAAACGACACCCGUACUCGUUCCCCGGCGGCAGCGGGAACGUGUUCGCUCGUAACACCAGACGCGCCGCCGAAGUCUGGAUGGACGAUUAUAAACAAUUCUAUUACAACGCCGUGCCUCUCGCGCGCAACAUACCUUACGGAAAUAUUCAGGACAGGAUGGAGUUGAAGCGGAAAUUGCAUUGCAAGCCCUUCAGCUGGUAUCUGAAAAACGUGUACCCGGAGCUAGUUAUACCGACGAGCGAAGGCGGACCCGGCGGCUCGCUGAAGCAGGGCUCCGCGUGUCUCGACAGCAUGGGUCAUCUCCUCGAUGGAAACGUUGGACUUUAUCCGUGCCACGACACUGGCGGCAACCAAGAAUGGGGCUUGACGAAGGACGGUCUUAUCAAGCACCACGACCUCUGCCUCACUCUGCCGGUGUACGCUAAAGGAACCACGCUUCUGAUGCAGAUCUGCGAUGGCAGUGAAAAUCAGAAAUGGAGACACCUCGAGGGUGGCUUGAUCCGUCAUUCGAGAAUCCCCGUGUGCGUGGACUCGAGAUAUCACGCACAACGAGGCAUCACGGCUGAGAAAUGCGACUCGAACGCUGAAACGCAAAGGUGGCAUCUGUACAAUCAUAAUCACUAGCUCCUGGGAAUGAUGAAUGUAUCGUGAAGGCUGCGAUGCCGUCGUCACUCACGAAGGACCGAAAUCGUGGAGUAUCUGAUCAGAAGGAGACGCGUGGACCUGUUCAGGGAGGUCGACCUGAUCGAUCCGAGAUCGAUGUUGCUCAUCGGCGAGCCGCUAUGAAGCUUGUCUUUCGAAGAAAAAAGGGAGACGUUCGCAACGAACGAAAAACUAUCUAAUUCGAAGGAUGAUGCAUCCUUUCCGAUGUUCUUAUAGAUACAGUGGAAGGAUAUUGAAGAGAGACAGAAAUUGGAAUUGAAUUCCUCUUUUAGGAGUAGCAGUUCGGUUGUCUUUUUUUAGGAGAAUUAAAGAUCGUGUAUGGAAUUGAUUUGUGAUGAAUGGAUCUACGCUUUUUAUUUUAAUUGAUUGUAUAUUUGUAAGGACGAGGAGCGUUUUUAGUGAUCCUAGUCGGGCGUAGAGUUGUUUCGAGGCAUUUUCAUUCCGGUGCAUUUACAUUUAAACUCGAUGAUCUCAAACGGGUAUAUCGUUUUUGGACAUUUUUUCGCGUAGAUUAAAACCCGAGACACCCCGGCGGGAAAGUACUCCGGCGUGAUAAUUUUAAGCAAAUCAUAGACUGUUUCACCGUUCGUUUAAUAUCAACAUUGAAAUGCAUAUUUAUAAAUUCUCAUUUAAACACGUCGUUCCGUGAGCAUCCAAACGAAACAUAACAAAUUUUCCUUUGAAACAAACGAAGUUAAAGCAGCAAAAAACGCUGUUUCUUGAUCGACUAUUAUUUAUAGCCAACACAUACGCACGGUAUCGUAUGUGGCUCGUUAAAGUCGGUUCGUAUCGCAAGAUCGAGUUGCUUCAUACAAACGCGUACGCUAACGAUUCUCAUAAAGAGAUUUAUUUUUCUAUAAGAAAAUUGUACACUUACUUGGUUGUGCGAGUAGCUGGGAAUUGGUGUGCUCGCUCCACGAAGACUCGACGUGUCUUUAAAUAUUCGUUCAACAAAUAAUUCUGUUCCCUGUUUUUCAUCGUUUUAUUCUUGCUGACAAUAUUUAUUGAAUUGUCCGACUCGUCGAGUGGAUCGGAGACGAGUAGAAUGGUGCGACUUACUAAUAAUGCAGCAAUACGUAGGGAGAGGUCUUUUGUACACCGAUACUUUCACGAGGACAACAAUGCGACUGCCGUCAUCUCGCAUUCGAGCCUCGAAUAAUUAUAUUAUACAAACCGAAGUCAUCGCUAUCGAGUUAUUGUAAGCUUUUGUAUGAUAAGAGCGCGCACCCUAAUCGCCUAUACGCGUUCAUAGCUUCGCAGAAGCUGUGUACAUUCGAAGAGAGAGAAAGAGAACGUGUGUGUGAGAGAGAGGAAUUGUUUCUAAUCAUAAAACACGUUAAGCUAAGCUAUCAAACAUAACAAAUUAGAUUCGAAACUGUACAUUUUACGUAUGUAAGGUCUCGUUUACUAAAAAGCUCUUAUGAGUAUAUCACAUUCUUUUCGCUCGAGCUUUACAGAUUCGACGUGCACUGUUCAAUUCGAAUAUCUCGAUUUUUAUUCGAUCAAAAAAAUCAAAUGCUACAAGACGAUAAUAACAUUUACACCUAAGCUUCCUCCCAGUCCCUGGAUAAGAUUUUCUAAAGCUACGCGUUGUAAUUCGACGAGGAUAUCAAAACUUGUGAAACGAUGAACGAGCAACUGCUUACUUCCGAACUUCCGAUUCCUCGCGAAAUCGACGCGCUGUAAAUACUUGUAUCGAUUACGCAAUCGUCUGUCUCCCGUCCUAAGGCAUCUCCGAUUUAAAACAAUUAAAAACUUGGUCCGCGGCGUAUCGCGGAUGCAACAACCAUAAUCGCGUGCUGAACUUGUACAUAAGCGUGUCUACGAUAUAAAUAAGCUGAGUAAAAACUUCGUACUUCCAUGCAAAAAUCUGUAAACUGUAAGAUAAUAGAACGGGCGGCUCCAUUUUAAUAUGUAAGGAUUAAAUGAAAAGGGUCACGCGAUUUUUCGUGCCCUGUUAAUAACAAAUACACCUGUACAUUAACACGAAUGUUUCCAGUUUCUCUAUUCUAUUUAUGAUACGUUGAAUCUUUUAUUACAAAUUAUAGUCUCACGUUGCGAGGAAGGGAUCGUUGAUCGUUUGAAUCUGUUAAACAUACCGGUUGCUUUUUAAUUGAGACCUGACGCUAUGUUCUACGAAGUUGGUACAUUGAAAACACAGUAUAUAUAAACGUAAAUUGUGAAAUUGUAACGAAUCUACAAUUUCCACAAAGAGAAUUGACCUUCGAUAUAGGAUAUGUAAUACCCGUCUUCAAAUUGUACGCGUUGCAUUUCUACGACUCUGUACUUUACACAUGUAUCAUACUAAAAAAUCAAAAUAUGUAUAAAUAUAUACGGCUGGUAUAUGCUUAUAUAUAUUUGCACUUCGUACGUUAAGGAAGCGAUAUUAUAGUACUUAUAGAAACGAGGUUUUCUAAUAAAACGAUGGAACUAAUUCAGAAGUCA